UAGAAGUAGUCAGUGUCAUUUGGUAAACAAAUAAUAAAACCUUUAAAUAUUAAAUUAAUUUAGCGUCACGUAUGUAUUAAGUAUUUAUGAAAAAGAAAUACAGUUACCAUCAGUUCAAGAGUUGAAGAUGCCCCAACUAUUUCAAGUGUUAAGAUGUUAUAAAUGUUUAGUUUUUCAAAUACAUCAAACGAAGAAGUCAAAUAAAUGGCAAUGCAAAAUGUGUGGUGAGAAACAAUCUAUUAAACGUCAUUACGGGAUUGGUAAUAGUAAAGAAUGUAGACUUCACGUUCAGAAAUUAAAUACAUUAAGAGGAGAAAUAGAGGACGAAAAAUUAAAUAGCGUUAAUUCAGAUGACAAUAAUUCAAAUUCUGAAGAAGAGAUAAUAGAAAGAAAUAUAGUUAAAAAUGAAAUAAGGACUAAAAGUAAAUGGUCUACAUAUAUAGAGAAUGAGGCAGAACAGGUAAAUGAGCCUUUGUAUUUAGGUAAUAAUGAAGUUUGUUUAGGAAUUCCUAGUAAACAUACUAAAGCUGUUAAGAGGAAAAAAGUUAUUCCUACAAAUAAAGAAAAUAUGAUAAGUUUUAGAGCCCCUUAUAAAUGUGAAUCUGAGAACACCACAAUGGCCUUUGCUCAAAAGUUGGUAGAAUCUGUAAAUUCUGUAGAUGAUAAAUCAAAUAUCAUAAUUUCAAAUGAAACAACACAUCCAUAUAAAACAGUAUCUAGUUAUAAAGAAAAAAGUUUUGAGAAGCCGAAGGUUCAUAAAAAUUCAAAAUGGGCACAAUUUGUUGAAAGUGAUGAUUUUGCAGAAAAUGAAUGUCAAAAUACUUCAACAGAUACAAAAAAGUUGUUUCAAUUGUGUGCUGAUACUGAUCUUGAUGAUGUGCUGAACAUUUAGUUUUUUGUAAUAUAUCUUUUCUAUCUAUUAAUAAAACUAUUGAA